UAACGAAUCAGCCUUCAGGGUCAGGGCAGGUAGUGCGCAUGCGCAGAAUCCUUCUGGAUAUUUCUUCACGUGGAGUGAUUCCCCUUCAGUGUGUCAGAUCCACGCUCACGAGGAAACCGGGGUGCAGAUCCACGCCGACUCUCACACAUCCAGAAAUGGCCUUCAGAAAAUUCCUCCCCCUGUUCGACCGCGUGCUGGUGGAGCGCUUUACUGCAGAGACGGUAACGAAGGGGGGCAUCAUGCUGCCAGAGAAGUCUCAAGGCAAGGUGCUGCAGGCCAAGGUCGUGGCAGUAGGGCCUGGUGCUGUCAAUCAGGAUUUCUACAACUGGCCGGAUGAAUCAUUUGAGGAGAUGGACAGCACCCUGGCUGUCCAACAGUACAUUCAGCAGAACAUAAGAUCAGAUUGCUCCAAUAUCGACAAAAUCCUGGAACCUCCGGAGGGCCAGGAUGAGGGGGUGUGGAAGUACGAGCACCUCAGGCAGUUCUGCCUGGAGCUCAACGGACUAGCUGUCAAACUGCAGAGCGAGUGCCAUCCAGACACCUGCACCCAGAUGACAGCCACGGAGCAGUGGAUCUUUUUAUGUGCUGCCCACAAGACACCCAAAGAGUGCCCUGCCAUUGAUUACACCAGGCACACGCUGGACGGAGCUGCCUGUCUUCUCAAUAGCAACAAAUACUUCCCCAGCAGGGUGAGCAUCAAGGAGUCGUCAGUGGCCAAACUGGGCUCUGUCUGUCGUCGCAUUUAUAGGAUAUUCUCUCAUGCCUACUUCCAUCACCGCCAGAUAUUUGACAAGUAUGAGAAUGAAACGUUCCUGUGUCACCGGUUCACACGCUUCGUAAUGAAGUACAACCUGAUGUCCAAGGACAACCUGAUCGUGCCCAUUCUGGAGGAGGAGGCGCAGAACACCUCAUCAGCUGGGGAGAGCGAGGCCUAACACACAGCUGCUGCCAUAAGGGAGACACAUGUACAAACACAGUUUUACGCAUUACAGAGGAGACACAUUCACACACCUGCAUCUACAGGACACACACACAUUCUCUCACACACCUGCAUCUACAGGACACACACACAUUCUCACACACACACACACACUUAAAUAUAUAUAUACAUAUAUAUAUAUAUAUAUAUACACACACACUACAGUGUAUUAAGGCUCUUGUCUAGUAACACUGUCCAUGUCCCUCCACCCUUGUCACCUGUGUCUAUCUCAAAGGAAGUAAGGGUAAAGAAUACCAGGAGCAGAGUUCAGCCAUGCCUGCAGGACAAGAUGUUGUUGUUUUUUAUCCUGUUUCCGCUCCGUCAUUCAGAUUCACACUGUGUCUCUGCUACCAGGACACAGUUUGUUUCUGGGUACAGUCCUGCUCUCACACUACUCCUUUCGGGAAACCCUGUUCCUUUUAAUCUUCUUUAAGCAGCUGGAUUUGCAAAAACCUAUGUAAUCAUGGUGACCUGUAUUGUUGACAAAGGCACACACUGACAGCCUCCCCCGUCUGUAUAUAACCCCCACUCCCCCUCUCUCUUAUUCACUAUCAUGUUUUCUGAUGGUGCUUCACUCUUUUGUGUCUGCUUCUGUUCUCUAUUUGCUUGUGUUGCCUGUUUUGGGGGUGUCCCAUGAAAUGGAUCACUAAAUUAGCCUGCUGACUUAAUAAUGCUAUUAAAACACAAUGUAGGUGUGUGGCUUGUGUGGUAGUGAACAAAGACAAACUUAAUCUCUAGCUUUGUAAGUGUACUAGCAGUCAGAUAUUCUUUCUCUUCGGCCUCUGAAAUGAUGUUUCACAGUAUUUAGGAAGGCUCGUUGGCUAACUCUGAUCCUGCUUUGUGACAUGCCCCCAUUUUAAUACUGUGUAAAAUGUGCCUGAUAUUCUUUUUCCUUGACAUAAUAGUAACUGAAACCAUGACUGUAUGGAGACUGAGCUGCUGUAAGCCAGUUUUUACCACUUUAAGCAUUUGAUGAGUAAAUAACCACAAAGAAGGAUGGAAUAUCGGCUACAUUUUAGUAUCGGAGCACAACCUCCCUUCUUUUACCCUCUCCCUCAUUAAGUUAUUUUGUGGGAGGAGUCUUGUCAAUCCAACCCACUUUUUUUUUAAUGGACUAAAAAAUUUUGUUACUGUUGACAUUUUCAUGAUGUCUGUUAAUAAAAAAGACCUAUUAUUCAGG